AUGUCCCUACUGCGACUGUGGACCCCAAGGGUCCUUCUCACGUGGCAACUGUGGCUGCUGAUACAGGCAGCUCCUAUUUGGAGGUGGCCCCGGGACCGGAUCCAGCCUACCUCCGAAUCCCCAGGGCCGAAAGAGCCCUGGUCUUCCCUCUCUUCCGAUCUCUCAACCGAAUCCCCUCAUGUGCCUACACCCCCAGCAGAUCCUGGGGACUUUGAUUACCUGGGGUCCUCUGCUCCUUCCCACUUGUCGGCUCUACCUCAGGAGUUGCCUGAGAAUUUGGCUCCAUUACUGGACACGGAUUCAGCUCAAGAGCUACCUCAAGGACCAGAUAGGUUUGCUAUUCUACGUCGUCGGCGUCUGAGGAACAAGCUAAGGAGACGACAAAGGCUUCCAGAGGAGGAGACCCCAACUCAGCCUCUAGAGCAUCCUAAGAAGGCAAAACCUGCCACCCAGGAGGAGAAUCCAACUCAGCCUCUAGAGCAUCCUGAGGAGGAGGAGACCCCAACUCAGCCUCUAGAGCAUCCUAAGGAGGCAAAACCUGCCACCCAGGAGGAGAAUCCAACUCAGCCUCUAGAGCAUCCUGAGGAGGUGAAACCUGCCACCCAGGAGGAGACCCCAGCUCAGCCUCUAAAGCAUCCUGAAGAGGCAAAACCUUCUGCCACCCAGGCGGAGAAUCCAACUCAGCCUCUAGAGCAUCCUGAGGAGGUGAAACCUCCUGCCACCCAGGAGGAGAAUCCAACUCAGCCUCUAGAGCAUCCUGAGGAGGAGGAGACCCCAACUCAGCUUCCAGAGCAUCCUGAUGAGGUGAAACCCUCUGCCACCCAGGAGGAGAAUCCAACUGAGCCUCUAGAGCAUCCUGAGGAGGUGAAACCUUCUGCCACCCAGGAGGAGAAUCCAACUCAGCCUCUAGCACAUCCUGAGGAGAAACCUCCAGAUGUGGAGGUUACCAUAACUUCAGAGCCUACCAAAGAGGCUGAAUCUUCUUCAACCCAGCAGGAGACCCCAACUCAGCCUCCGGACCUGGGUCUUACUGUAACUCCAGAACCCACUACAGAGGUUGAACAUCCUGUGGCUCUGGAGAGGAUGGCAGCUCCCCAUCCAGACCAGAUUCAGACUCAGCCUCCAAUCCCGACUGAAGUUACAAUUCAAAUAUCCGAGUCAGACAUUACCGUAACUCAAAAUUCGUUGUCAAAUUACAACACGGAACAAGAGAUUGCCAAUAUCAACACCGACAUGAACACCAGCAUAUGUGAGCUCUGUACCUGCAGAGAUGAGACACUGUCGUGUGUUGGUCUCAGCCCGGAGAAGAGACUCCGCCGAGUGCCUGUGCAGGGGCCUGAAGCCUAUAAUGGCACCUUCACCGUCUUAAAUUUCCAAGGAAAUGCUAUUUCUUACAUUGAUGAGAAUGUAUGGAAAUCAUACCGUUGGACUGAGAAACUAAUUCUCAGUGAAAAUCAUUUGACUGAAUUACAUAAAGAUUCAUUUGAAGGCCUGCUAUCCCUCCAGUAUUUAGAUUUAUCCUGCAAUAAAAUUCAAUCUAUUGAAAGACGUACCUUUGAAUCACUACCAUUUCUGCAGUAUGUAAAUCUUGGUUGCAAUUUAAUCACUGAACUGAGCUUCGGAACGUUUCAGGCGUGGCAUGGAAUGCAAUUUUUACACAAGGUAAUUCUCAAUCGUAAUCCUUUGACAACUGUUGAUGAUUCAUAUCUUUAUAAAUUGCCGGCAUUAAAAUACCUAGACAUGGGAGCAACACAAGCCCCACUUACAACAGUUGAGAACAUCCUCAUGACAACUCUUGAGUUGGAAAAACUGAUCUUACCUAGCCAUAUGGCCUGCUGCCUCUGCCAAUUUAAAAAUAAUAUUGAGGUUGUCUGCAAGACAGUGAAGCUACAUUGUGAUGCAUGUAUGGGAAACAGCACAGAAGAUUGUUUUGAAGAAGCAAGUGUAGGAAAUGCAGAGGGAGCGCUCAUGAAGGUAUUACAAGCCCGGAAGAAGCACACGAGCACCGAGCUGACCAUUGAGCCAGAGGUAUCUGCAAAUAAAAAUGGCGUCGGCUUGUCCGGCUCCACGAGCGACCAGAUCGAAAUGCAGCUAAACCAGCAGCUCCGAUCCCUCAUCCCCAACAACGACGUGAGAAGGCUCAUUUCUCACGUUAUCCGGACUUUGAAAAUGGACUGCUCUGAGACCCAUGUGCAACUGGCCUGUGCCAAGCUCAUCUCUAGAACAGGUCUCCUGAUGAAGCUUCUGAGUGAGCAGCAAGAAGUAAAAGUAUCCAAGGCAGAAUGGGAUACGGAUCAGUGGAAGAGUGAGAACUACAUCAACGAGAGCACAGAAGCCCAGGCUGAACAGAAAGAGCAGGAGUCAAGUGAGCUCACUAAAGGAGUUCCAGGAUAUGGCUAUAACAACAAACUCAUCUUGGCGAUAUCUGUGACUGUUAUAGUGAUGAUUUUGAUUAUAAUUUUCUGUCUUAUUGAGAUUUAUUCUCAUAGAAGAGCAGCAAGGACAGAUGUAGAAUCAGGCUCAACCCCAAGGAGGGGCUUUUUCGAAUUUCUGCAUAGGAGAUGCUCAUCGCAGAGUGAAAGCCAGGAGGGCUUUUUCUGGUUAAGGCGUCCACUUUGGCUUAGGGAUAUGUACAGACCUCUCAAUGCCACACGCAAGAAAAACAUGGCCCAGAAGCUUCACGACAAGUCUUCUGAUGAGGAAGAGAUUUACAAGAAGAAUGCAGGGGAGCCCGUAUCAACACCUGUGGAUUCCGCUACUGAAGGGGGUGAAGAAAGUGAGACUGCGCCAGAGGGGGAGGACAAAGAGUGAUCCAGCCUGCCUAAGGCCGCCUGCAAACUGUAUUUUCUAAUGUUGGCAUCUCAACACUGCUUGUAAGAUACUUAUUUUUCGCACACAACAAAUGUAUAUAAUCUAUUGCCAAUUCCAGCCAGCUGGUAAGAAACUUAAACGUUAAUAGUUAAAUAUUUAUACACGCGAAACAAGGGCCAGAGAAAAGAAAAGCAGGACUGAAGCCAGAGACUGUCAAGCUGGCCAACACCUCCACAAGAGGCAUUGUGGGCAGAGAACACACAGGGGCUCCCCCACCUCAUUUCCCAGUCUAGUCAGUCUCCGGGAAGCUGAAAAUGUAUCAUCCUGGAGAGAGGGUGCCAAUUUUUAAAUCAAAUACAGUUGUUCUGGGGCUCUCUCCCCUGGUCCAUUAAGAACCAGUCGUUUACAACAUACUUGACCUCUUGCCCUGAGGGAACCUUCCUUCUGCUGCCACCUCUCAGAGGGUGGGUGGGGUUGCCAGAAACGUUUGGAUCACUAAGCUGACCUGCACUAUUGCGUCAAGUCCUGUCUUUUCUCCCAUGCUCCCAAAUUCAUGCGUGAAUAUGUAUCCUUUACCCUUUAAAGCUGGUAGAAAAUUCAAA